AUGCAUCAAUCCAUUGUAUCUCAACUUGGAGCUGCGGCCGUGCUUUUCGCAGGGCUAGGCUUCGCUGAGCAAUAUACACCAAAACACGAAGCCGGACGAUGCGCUUUCCGUGGCCAUUGUGGCAAGCAGAGCUUUUUCGGAAAAGAACUCCCAUGUGUCGACAAUGGGCCGGCUGAGAAUCCCGAUGAGGAGCUUCGCAAUGAACUCGUCGGUCUUUGUGGCGAGAAGUGGAGGACUGGACCUGUCUGCUGUACCCUGGAUCAAGUCAAAUCACUCAAGUCUGAGCUCGGUACCCCGAACACACUCAUCGGCUCUUGUCCUGCAUGCAAAGACAACUUCUUCAACCUCUUUUGCACAUUCACAUGCUCUCCUGACCAAUCCACCUUUAUCAAUAUUACCGACUCUGCUCCCAAAAACGGCAAGAAUCUUGUAACAGAGCUCGACCACCUUGUGUCAGAAAAAUAUGGUUCCGGUUUCUAUGACAGUUGCAAGGAAGUCAAGUUUGGCGGCGCAAACUCCAAGGCCAUGGACCUGAUUGGUGGCGGUGCUAAGAACUAUACCGAAAUGCUCAAGUUUCUCGGAGACAAGAAACCAUUCGCUGGCUCUCCCUUCCAAAUCAACUUCCCGACACAGGAAAAGGUCCCCGAGCUCCAACCCGUGGACAUGAAGCCGAAGAAGUGCAACGAUGAGGACCCCGAUUACCGUUGCGUUUGUGUUGAUUGCCCAGAGGUAUGCCCGAAGCUUCCCGAAGUCAAGGACUCCAAGUCUUGCAAAGUAGGACUCCUACCAUGCCUUUCAUUUGCCUCCAUAUUCGUUUAUGGUGUUCUUUUGUCCACCUUGAUCCUGGCAGUCGUCGGCCAUAUUGCCUACCAAAAGUACUCGCAGCAUCGCGUCGAAAGGACAAGACUACUCCACGAAUCUUCUCAUAGCGACGACGAAGACGAAGGUGGACCGGUUGACACAGAGGCGAUGCGCGAGCGCCCUACCAAGAGAUACUGGGUCAACGACCGAUGUGACAGAGCCUUUUACCAGCUUGGUCACAUUGCAGCUCGUUUCCCUGGAUGGUGCAUUGGUCUCAGUCUACUCUUUGUUGCCAUCCUGAGUGUUGGCUUGUUCCGCUUCGACCUCGAGAAAGAACCUGCUCGUCUUUGGGUGAGCCCAUCUUCUGCUGCUGCCCAGGAAAAGGCUUACUUCGACGAGAACUUUGGACCCUUUUACCGUGCCGAAAAGAUCUUCCUCGCAAACGAUACCAACCCAUCUGGACCCGGACCUGUACUUAGUUACGAUACCCUGAAGUGGUGGAUCGAAGUUGAGGAGAGUGUCAAGAAGAUCGAGAGCCCUGUUUACGGAAAAUACUUCCAGGAUCUAUGUUUCAAGCCCUCCAACGAUGCCUGUGUGGUGCAGUCUGUUUCAGCAUACUGGCACGCCAAGGGCGGACUGGAUCCUGAGUUCUGGAAAGACGAUAUUCGUGCUUGCGCAAAGAGCCCUGUAGACUGUCGCCCAGAUUUCGGACAGCCUAUUGAGCCCAACAUGAUCUUUGGUGGUUAUGAUGAUGACGUGGUGGACGCCCAUGCCAUUACCGUAACCUGGGUUGUUAAUAAUGCCAAAGAAGGAACUGAUGCUAUUGCCAGGGCUGUCGACUGGGAAACUGCUCUACGUGACCGUCUGCUCGAGGUCCAGGAGGAAGCCAAAGAACGUGGCCUUCGAUUAUCCUUCAAUACCGAGAUCAGUCUGGAGCAAGAACUUAACAAGUCGACAAACACAGAUGCCAAGAUCAUUGUCAUCAGCUAUAUCGUCAUGUUUGUCUAUGCCUGCAUGGCCCUCGGUACCCCUCUCAAGCAUAUCUUCCGCAACCCUGCCGUGCUUUUGGUAGAGUCAAAGGUUACGCUUGGUCUUGUCGGUAUUCUCAUUGUUCUCAUGUCCAUCGCCGCGUCGAUUGGUUUCUUCUCAUGGGUUGGACUGAAGGCCACACUCAUUAUUGUGGAAGUCAUUCCUUUCAUUGUCCUCGCUGUUGGUGUUGACAAUAUUUUCCUGAUUGUUCAUGAGCUUGAAAGAGUCAACAUCAGCUUCCCGGACCAGAUGGUUGAGGAAAGAGUUGCUAGGGCUCUUGGUCGUAUGGGGCCCUCUAUUCUCUUCUCUGCUCUUACAGAAACUGUGGCUUUUGCUCUUGGCACAGCUGUUGGCAUGCCGGCAGUCAGGAACUUUGCCGCGUAUGCUGCUGGUGCCGUCUUUGUCAACGCAGUGCUUCAGAUGACCAUGUUUGUCUCCUUCCUCUCUCUUAACCAGAUGCGAGUUGAAGAUCAUCGGUGUGAACUGUGGCCAUGGUGGCAGAUCACUAAGGCGAGAAUCCACCUCAACGGUAGCAACGGUUUUGCUCAGGGAGGUGGCCGUGGAUCAGACAUGGCUGAGGAGAGCUUGCUUCAGGUCUUUAUCAAGAACACAUAUGCCCCGUGUUUGCUUGGAAAGAAGGUCAAGCUUGCUGUCGUCACAAUCUUCCUCGGGAUGUUCGCAGGAGGUUUGGCACUCUUGCCCAAGAUUCAACUUGGCCUUGACCAGCGAGUUGCUAUUCCUGAUGGCUCUUAUCUGAUCCCAUUUUUCAACGAUCUAUACGGGUAUCUGGAGACAGGCCCACCAGUGUACUUUGUCACACGCGAAGUUGACGCUUCCAAGCGCAAGGAGCAACAGGCGAUAUGCUCAAGAUUCACUACCUGCCAAGACCUUUCGCUCCCCAACACAUUGGAGCUCGAACGACAAAGACCGGAAGUCUCUUACAUUGCUUCGCCAGCAGCAAGUUGGAUCGAUGAUUACUUCCUCUGGCUGAACCCGAUCUUCGAAGACUGCUGCGUGGAACACGGCCAGACCUGCUUCGCUGAUCGUAAGCCAGCCUGGAACACAACCCUGUACGGAAUGCCUGAGGAUGAGGAGUUCAUCCACUACCUGAAGAAGUUCCUUUCCAGCCCCACUGGCGAAGAGUGUCCCCUAGCAGGCCAAGCUGCGUACGGACAAGCCGUUGUCCUGGACUCCAAGGAAAAUCAUGUCAAGUCUACCCACUUCCGAACCAUGCAUAGCCCUUUGAGGAGCCAAGAAGACUUCAUCGCCGCCUACUCUGCUGCUCGCCGCAUCGCCUCUGAUAUUGGAGAAAGGACCGGCGUGGAUGUAUUCCCAUACAGUGUCUUUUAUAUCUUCUUUGACCAGUAUCUCAGCAUCGUGCCAUUGACGGCCGGUUUGUUGUGUGCUGCUGUUGGCAUCAUCUUUAUCGUUGCAUCUGUACUGUUAGGCUCAGUACUCACGGCGCUUGUGGUAUCUGUAACAGUUGUGAUGAGUGUUGUGGACAUUAUGGGCAGCAUGGCUUUGUUCAAUGUUUCCUUGAAUGCCGUUUCCCUUGUCAACCUCAUCAUCUGCGUGGGUAUCUCGGUUGAGUUCUGUGCUCACAUUGCACGAGCUUUCAUGUAUCCAUCGCGCACCGUGAUGGAGGGCAAUAGCAACGCCUUCCGUGGUCGUGAUGCUCGAGCUUGGACCGCUCUUGUUAAUGUCGGUGGAUCCGUGUUCUCUGGUAUCACAGUCACUAAACUUUUGGGUGUUUCUGUGCUCGCCUUUACACGAUCCAAGAUUUUUGAGAUCUACUACUUCCGAGUUUGGCUGUCUCUUGUCGUAUUUGCCGCCCUUCAUGCCCUAGUCUUCUUGCCCGUUGCUCUGAGUAUCGCCGGAGGUCAAGGUUAUGUUGACCCAGAGAGCGAAGGAACUGCUGCACAAGACUUGACUGAUAGGAGGUGGCGAGCCAUUAGGGUUAACGACAACAGUGACUCAGAGGAUGAGUUUUAG